AUGUUAUGGGCAAAAACGUCUAACGGCGACCCAGCAAGCACCUUGGUCAUCUCCAGGUCUCCACGGAAAUCUCCAGACAGACACUCGACCAGGAUUUGGGGUGCCUUUUGCUUAAUUUUCUCCACGGUCGACCGCAAGUGGUGUGAUCCUCCGUCUGGCAAGUCAUCUCUGUCAACAGUCGUUAGAACCACAUACCCAAGUCCCCAUCUGCUGAUGGCCUCUGCUGUGUUUUCUGGCUCGUUUGGAUCCAAAGGUCCCGGGUUCCUGUUUGUCUUCACAGAACAGAAUCGACAUCCUCUCGUGCACGUAUCUCCCAUUAACAUGAUAGUAGCCGUGGCCUCGGACUUCUUUCCUCCCCAGCACUCGCCAAUAUUCGGACAUUUGGCCUCCUCACAAACAGUAGCAAGUUUCAGCUCCCUCACAUCGUUCUUUAAAGCGUGGAAACUCUUACCCUUGGGGAUCGGAACCUUGAGCCACGAUGGCAACCGUGCGUCCGGGUCUUUCCUGGCAACUUCCAGCGGAUCAACAAACAUAUCUUUGGCCUUUCCGCUAACAAAAUCAUCAAACGAUGGGCCCUUGUUCAGUUUGUCAGUGAACACUGUCACCCGUCUCCGUCUCUUUUUAGGAGGAGAAAUAAUGGACUCGUCAUCACGCGUCUUUCCUGUCUCCGCAGCGCUAGGAACCGACGCAAGAAACCGAGCACCCGCCAAUCCAGGCCUCAAGCCCGCUUGA